GUCCCCCCGCCGCAGGCCGGCUGCGGCUGACCGGGCGGCGGAAGUUUGACGGCGCGGGGGUUUCCGCGGAUUCCCCAGCACCGGCGGCAGAGCCGGAGGCCAGUGAGCCUGAGCGUGAGAUCUCGGACGCAAGGAGGGAAACCCUCUGACUCGAACAUGGACCUGGAGGCCAGAGUGAAGAAGCUGGGCUUAGGCCAUGAACAAGGAUUUGGAGCCCCCUGUUUAAAAUGCAAAGAAAAAUGUGAAGGAUUUGAACUGCACUUCUGGAGAAAAAUAUGUCGUAACUGCAAGUGUGGCCAAGAAGAGCAUGAUGUCCUCCUCAGCAGUGAAGAGGAUCGAAAAGUGGGGAAACUUUUUGAAGACACCAAGUACACCACCCUGAUUGCAAAGCUAAAAUCAGAUGGAAUUCCCAUGUAUAAACGCAAUGUUAUGAUACUGACCAAUCCGGUUCCUGCCAAGAAGAAUGUCUCCAUCAACACAGUUACCUAUGAAUGGGCUCCUCCUGUACAGAAUCAGGCACUGGCCAGGCAGUAUAUGCAGAUGCUGCCCAAGGAGAAGCAGCCAGUGGCAGGCUCGGAGGGUGCACAGUACCGGAAGAAGCAGCUGGCAAAGCAGCUCCCCGAGCAUGAUCAGGACCCUUCGAAGUGCCAUGAGCUGUCCCCCAAAGAGGUGAAGGAGAUGGAGCAGUUUGUGAAGAAAUACAAGAAUGAGGCUUUGGGAGUAGGAGACGUCAAACUUCCCUCUGAGAUGGAUGCUCAAGCCCCCAACAGAAUCUGCAUCCCUGGUGGGGAUAGAAGCACCACAGCAGCAGCAGGGGCCGUGGAAGACAAAUCUGCCAAGCACAAAGUAACUCAGUAUUCCUGCUAUGGCUGUAAACUGAGUAUGAAGGAAGGUGACCCAGCCGUCUAUGCUGAGAGGGCUGGCUAUGAUAAACUGUGGCACCCAGCUUGUUUCGUCUGCAGCACCUGCUCUGAACUCCUGGUCGACAUGAUUUACUUCUGGAAGAAUGGGAAGCUAUACUGUGGCAGACAUUACUGUGACAGUGAGAAACCCCGCUGUGCUGGCUGUGAUGAGCUGAUAUUCAGCAAUGAAUAUACCCAGGCAGAAAACCAGAAUUGGCAUCUGAAACACUUCUGCUGCUUUGACUGUGACAACAUCCUAGCUGGGGAAAUAUACGUGAUGGUUGAUGAGAAGCCUGUGUGCAAGCCAUGCUAUGUGAAGAAUCAUGCUGUGGUGUGUCAAGGAUGCCACAAUGCCAUUGAUCCAGAAGUGCAGCGGGUGACCUAUAACAAUUUCAGCUGGCACGCAUCCACAGAGUGCUUUCUCUGCUCCUGCUGCAGCAAGUGUCUUAUUGGGCAGAAGUUCAUGCCAGUGGAAGGGAUGGUUUUCUGUUCAGUGGAGUGUAAGAAGAUGAUGUCUUAAGGAGAGAGCGCCGAGCAUUAUUGAGCCAUAGCUAUCUAAAGUGGUCUGCUUUUUAUUGUAAAAUGCAAUUUGAAAAAAAUAAUAAUAAAAGGAAAAAAGAAACCAUGAGGGAAACCAGGAGAUUUUGUUCAGCAUCUGUCUUUGCUGUUUUUCCGUAUCAAUUUUUUCAUCUCAACUUUAAAAACCUAUGUUAAGCAUUUGAUUGAAAAGACAGGUAAAGAAUGUUAUCUUUCUUUUGCUUUCCAGAUAUAAAAUCUUUGAGUUGGAAGCUUUAAUUAAUCCUUAUAUCCCCAUCCCCCUUGUGCCAAACACAGUAUAUAAAAGCAUUUAAAAGUUAGUAUAAUGAAUAGAAAGCUGAGCAUUUCUACUUCUAUACUCUUUUUUUCCCCUCAUGUGUAAAAUGAGAAGGAAAUUAAAUUUGCCCUGGUGUCAAGAUGCUACAUUUAUUGCCUCAUCUUAUUCACUGAACUUUGUAAUGAUUGACAGGAAAUUCUUUUUGACAGGGAAAAUAGAAAUGUGGUGGAUCGUGUAUAGCUGUUACCAUUUUAGUGCCUAUACAUCACUAUCCUAGUUUAGGCAAAAGUAGCAUCUUUUAAAUGCCGUUUUUUUCUUUUUGUUUUCAUUUGCCCUACCCCUCGGUAUUCUCCUUCUAAGCUGGUAACUUCCAUCUGUGGCCUUGAAUAUUUUGUUACCACGUGGCAUAAUAAUGUCCACACUUUUUACUUCUAUAGAUAUUUGGUUUGGACAUAAGUCAUGCCACUCAUUUAUAUUAUGUUUUCAAUCCAAAGAACAUGUAUACAUUUUGCACACAGGAAACUAUAACCUAUAACUGAUUGCAUGUGCCUGCCAUGGUUCAGAUAGAUUUUUUUGCCUGGCUCUAUUGUCUUCUGAUGGAUACUGUCCCAUGAUGCUUCUAAGCCUGUUCAUGGAUUUAUUAAUGUCUUCAUCUGUAUACUUCCAUCCUUAGGCAUUUAUACUGUUUAUUUUUCCCUUAUAUUUCCCUAUAUAGCUAUGCACUAUGAUAAUUAAAUGGAAUGAAUGCUAUGUAUAUUAUUCUUCAAAAUAAAAAGUCUUUUUUCACUUCAA